CAUAAUGUUGAUGGUGGGAUAGAGAGACGAGAGACUCUUUCUCUGUGGUAGUAGAUUCUGAAAUCUCCUCUCGUGUACUAGAGACCCAGUCUCCUUCGACUUUUCCCAUCUGUUCUUCUUGAGAGUGAGUGAACGAGGCACCAUCUCGUCUGUCUAAUCUUCUGUACUGAAGGUGACGAAAUUGAAAACUGAUGUGUAGCAUGAUUGCCCUGAAACCUGAUAAAUUGGUAUCAAAAUGUAUUUGUUCUAUUUUCUUUUUCGUUUCGACAUAGUAGAAAAUGUAUUUCUAUUUUCCUUUUCGUUUCGACGCGUCCAGUGUAGAUUCGGCAACGGCAACCUAUCCUAUCAUUUCCCUCGCGGCACCCAAAAAACAGGCAAAUAAAAUAGUGUUGCGGAAGUUAACCCCGCGUUCAAAAGAUCCCUUUCAUUUGGUAGUACCAGGAAAAAUUAUUCUACUGUUUGUAGUCCUAGUCCUUCAUAUUACUUAGUCCUUCAUAUGAAGGAUACCACGAAAGAUUAUUCUAGAGCGGUGUUGUAACAAUAUUUACAGAAGUUUUUUUUCGUUUUUUUCUAGGUCCUAGGUGUUGUUCGUUGUAAGUAUCAUCUUGUUCUUGUUCAUGCUUGACCAGCAUUUGUAGUUCUUUUCAUUCAAGAUCGUUGUACUACUUGUAAAAGCUGUUUGUGCAGAUUUUUAGAUACAAGUAGGUUGUUCUUGUAAGAAGAUAAGCAAGAACGUUGUACUAUUCCCUUGAAGUUAAAUCAUACAUCAAGAACAGAUUGACCUCCAUCUCCAGUAACAUCGAGGAUAAUAUCACUCUAGUACUUGUUACUGGGUAAAAUAAGUACAAGUAAAAUAUAUAACAUCAUCUUGCACAUAAAAACUUCUUCAAAGAAAAAUUUAGAAAAAUACAGUCGUAAGUACACCUACACGUACGCAUAUAAACAGUCGUAAAAUACAGUCGUAAGUACACCUACACGUACGCAUAUAAACAGUCGUACACGUACGCAUCAUCGCAGGAGUAGUUCUACCUUUGGAAAUAACCACGACCACACAUCAUCGCAGGAGUAGUUCUCCCUUUGUUCAAAAAUGGCGGUAACAGCGCAGGAGGAGUUGACUCACGAUGACAAGAAGGAAAUCGUGAAGGCCAUGCUCGAUGACGAUGAGGAGGAGGAUGAACCGAGUGACUACGACAGCGAUCAAGACGGCCACAUGCCUCCCAAUAUUAAGGCUUCUUUUUACUUAUGUUAGACUUAAUAUAUAUGUAAGUACUUCUUAUAAUAGAGUAGUUUAUACUAGAACGGAUGUAGGAUGGACUUGGAUGGAUCGGAUGGACCCCCCUGAUUCUUCCGGUCCUACUUGAAAUGGUGGAAAGUCCAUCCGUUCCAUCCGAUCCAUCCCAUCCCGGAUCUGGCACCCCUAUAAGCUGCUCUAUUAUAGUCGAACAAGGCUUCUUGUUAGACUUAUGUAAGUACUUCUUAAUCUUAUAUUAAUGCGUACUAGUUUAUCUUCAGAGAAGAAUCAUUUCAGAUGAUGUUUUUGAAGUAGUUAUCCCUAAUCCAGUCCCUAAUGAUCCAUCUUCUACUUGUUCAUCUUUAGACAGAGAUCCAUCUUGUUAUUUUAUCUUGUUCUUCAGAGAUGAAGAUGAUAGACAUAGAUCAGAAGUUCUUUCAUCUUGCCGAGGAGGCAGGUCAAACUGUGGACGGUGAAUCAAAUCCUAUCCUAUCCUAUCCUAUCUUGCUAGUUUAACCAUCCUGCUAGAAGCUCCUCUAAUACAAAGCCCCUUCCGGCUUCCCACUGGGUGCGCGGUGCUCUGGUCCGAGAGACGAUGGAGGCUGUAGAGCAGAUGGCUCAGGCUGGCUCUCUGGUGAAGGAAAAGGAUCGCGCAGGCAAGAUGCGCAUGAGCUUUGUGGCACCGGUAGUUUUUUUGAUCAUGAGUAGUGGGGAAUAGGAACCGAGAACCAAAGAACGAUAAUAUUAAGGGUAGGUUAAAGGUGCUUUUCUUACCGCUUUUUAUGCCUCUCCUAAGGGAGAAAGGCAUAACAAGCGGGGCAAGCGAGCACCAAAAACCUACCUCUAAUUUGAUCAUGAGUAGUGGGGAAUAGGAGCACUACUUAGCUUCUAAUGCAUAUUUGCUUUUGAUGGCUCACUCACUUACACAACUUUGAUGUUUACUUUCAAACCUCUACUACACAACAUUAUUGAUGGUGCUUUUAUCUCCUUGGUCUAAUGGUGAUUCUUAUGAAUGUUGUUACGACAAAGAAUACAUGGUAAAACUAGAAAGAAUGACAUCUGUGGUUCUUAAGUGAUAUGCACAGCAAGUACUGUCCUGUGCUAGAAGAAAUCAAUCAGCAAUGUGCUAUUUACGUCUAGUAGAAGUAGACAUACUUGUACUAGUUGUAGACUUGCAUUACAUACAACAGGUUUUUCUGGCGGCCCCCCACCUAACCUAACCUACAACUGGUCGACGUCUUGACAUGAUUGAGAUUGACAACUGCCCUACGGGGGCUAAAUCAUUAAUAGAUUUUCCCGUAGUUGUUGUAGGUACCUGUGAUCAUGAUCUCAUUUUUCCAUACUACAGGAUGGCACCAAGGAGAUGGUCGGAAAAGCUGCGAAGGAGCUGGGAACGAAGUCCCAGAUGAUGAAGAGUAUUUAUGGUUAGCUUUUUUGCAUCAUUCUCGGCAUCUUGAUCCCCUUUUGCCCUUGUAUUUCACGAGAAUACAAGGCAAAAGGGGUGAAGAUGAGGGGACCGAGAUGGAAUCAAUAAGCUGACUCUAAAGUAUGAUGACGUCGAAGAUCGGGUCUGGGGGAGGCAACUGGGCGCGAGGCAGUAUGAUCAUGGCUAAAAGCUACCGACUUUCUGCCGGAAAACCCACUGAUGCCGCAGAUGAGGAUGCAUUCAACCACAAACGAAGCAGCAUCGGAUGGGGACAUCCGACAACAUCGAUGCUCAUGAAACUAGCACCUGAUCCGACAAAGGUACUCAGUCUUUUUUUUGUGUUCUUACACUUCUUACACUGUAAUAAAUUGCAAAAAUAUUUAAGGUUUUAACCUUUUAUUUUUGCAAUUUUAGGACUUAAAGAUCGACGAUGUCCUGAAGAUACAAUAAUAAAGACGACCAAGAGACGAGAGUAGAUGAAGUACACCUACACCAUAAUUUCGUUUUCGUCUAAAAAAUGUUCUUCCUUUUUACCUCUCUACGUCCCGACCACUCCAUCAAUUACUCCAAUCAUCCAUUAUCCCAAUGUGAACGCCUUUCUCAAUUCAGCCAAUGCCGGGUUUGCAUAAGGGUGCCGACAUCAAGGUUGCCUUGGUCGGUGACUUGGGGACGAAAUGCGUAGCUCACCUGCCACCCAAGUGGAAGGAGGCAGCGUUGUCAGUGCGUGACACCAUCUAUGACCCUGAAUUCUAUGAUGAUGGGACCUACGGACCGAUGUAUAUCAGGUACUUCGACAGUUACUGCUAGUAGUACUAAAAGUACAAUUUUUACGAUCAAAUCAUGCAAACCUGUGAACCGAGGUAUGUCAGGUAAAAAUGCCACAGCUAGUUCUAGUACUAGUACAAUUAGUACUCAAUUAUGCAUUGUUCAACUUGCUGAUGUUGUGUCUGUGCGUGGUUUACUUGUAGAAUCAAUGAUUCUGAAUCAUGAUUGUUCCAUCACGUGAAGACCCCUUUUCAUCAGGAUGAUCAAGUAACCUCCAUAGUUAGAAGAUUAUCAAAAAAAAACCAAACCGAACGCACCAUUAUCAAAAAAAAACAGAAACUGAAAGUGCGUCAACUCUACUUAUCAAAAAAUAUCCUCAUCUCAAAAUCAUCAAAAAAUAACCUCAUGCUCAUCUCAAAAUCAAAAACAGAAACUGCAUCCAUUCGUCGCUGACGUUCUGCGCUGCUGACGGAACCGGUGGCUUAGAAGGAGCCACCAUGCGCUUCAGACCUGAGAAAUCCGAUGCCCACAACCGCGGUUUGGACCACAUCCAUCGCCGAUUGGAUACCCUUGUGAAGUACUAAUGUUGGAUAGAGAUAGUUCCGAUUGGAUACCCUUGUGAAGUACUAAUGGAAAUAGAUUCAACAUUACUAAAUAUUAAAAAAGUGGAAGUACUAUAGGUUUAGGUACUAGAAUAACAACUCAACAUUACUUCUUGUUCCAUGGCAUAUACAGCAUAUUCCACUAGUACUUAUUGAUUUCCAAAUGACGAUUGACGAGUUAUUUCUUAGUAAAGAAUGAAAAUUCUUGUGUCUUUCCAAGUCCCAGACCCAGAGGAUUCAACAUUCUAAAGAAAAAGGUGGAAGUAUAGAUACUAGAAUAACAACUCAACACCUUAAACAGGAAGAAGCAUCCUUGGAUCUCGUUUGCAGAUUUGUUUGCUUUGGCUGCUUACGUCGUGAUUGAGUGCAGUGGAGGCCCGAUCAUGCCGUUGGCAGUUGGACGCAGAGAUAGUGACGGAAAAUACUUCGAAGACACUAACGUACCCCGUGCCCCUGUUAUGCCAGGUACAGUUACAGAUGUUGAAGAUCUCCCUGUUGGUUCUUUUUAGGAUUCCUGAUUUCACGGUUGUCCGAAUCUCAUUACUGCCCAGUAAAUUUUAACAUGUUCAUCUUGGUUGUAUCUCUAGAACACGAACUGUCUUUAAACGUCAGGUCGCUUGCCUAUGCCAGAACAGGGUAUCCAUGACGAGGAACCUGAGCUGAAGGCCAUUGCGGAUCAAAUGCGUCGGGUUUUCUUAGAUCGAGCUGGGCUUACGGAACAGCAGAUGAUUUGCCUCAUUCUAGGUGGUCACAGCUACGGUCGCUGCCAUCAGAACAUCAGCGGGUACUUGUUACAACCAUCGAGUAUACAAGAAAAAGAAUGAUCAGCUUUUUUUGAUGUAAGUAGAUAAAUUGGAGAUCAUUAAUACUGCAGGCCUUGUGACCUGUUUCUCUUUUAUACCUGCUUGGACUUGCCGGUUGAUGGAACAAAAAGUACUGCAGAACAUGUCCAAAAUCAAUCAUUGGAUGAAAAAGAAAUUCAAAUGGUGUUCGCCACAUCAUAUCACAUCACAUCACACCACAUCACAUCACUCCACCCCUCCACCUUAAACACUACUAGAUUUAUGCACCACUCCCACUCCACCCUAAAGACUACUAGAUAUAAUGCACCCUAAAAAAUCAAAAUCUGAUUAUUUGAUAACAUGACUCCAAGACUGCUCUUCUACUAACCACUACUAGAUACGCCGGUCCAUGGCAGCAUAACCCUGGACGUUUCAACAACAUGAUGGCAUGGAACCUGCUGAACCAUGAAUGGAAACUUGUGGAUAAGAACAUGGAAGAUUGUUCUGGCGAUUUGAUCACAGGUUUGAAACCCAGAGGAAUUCGCCGUCAGUACGUCAACGAAAAUGGAAAAGGUAUUGGCGAAUUUUCUCUGUACGCUUUAAUUCAUUCAGCAGGGUAGUUGGUACAGGUACUUAUAGAUACUACUAUCAUAACAGGACCAUGUACUUAUUCUCUUAUCACAUUAAUCCAGCAUCUGCUUGGUACUUAUCCUACAGGUACUUAUAGAUACUACUAUCAUAACAGGACCAUGUACUUAUUCUCUUAUCACAUUAAUCCAGCAUCUGCUUGGUACUUAUCCUACAGGUACUUGUACUAGUACUAUCAUAAGCAUAACAGCACCAUACUACUAAAUCACAAGUUACGCACCAUGUUAUAUGUUGACUACUUGUGCGGGUUGUAAAUAAUGUAAUGUUGGGUUGAUGAGGUUCACAAUUUUUAGUGUAGUGUCAUUGACAUUUUGCAAGUUUACAAUAUCCACUUUGUCCAACGCCAUUGCAAAUACUAGCUACAUCCACCGUAACGACUAAUAGUCGGUAGAGGUACUUGUUGUACAGCCUAACCUCCAUUAAAGUCCCCUCUAAGUACACCCCACAACCCAAUGUCUGUAUCUAUGUAUAACUCCACUACAACAGGUAGCAUCAUGAUGCUGAUGUCUGAUAUGUGCUUGGUUCGCGAGCCGGCGUGGCGCAAAUGGGUCGAGAUCUACGCGAAGGAUAGCGCACGACUCAAAAGGGACUUCGGGCUCACCUUCAAUUAAGAAUCUGGUUCAUAAAAACUGUAAAUUAGCUUAUGCUCAGAGCACAUAAAUAGUUUUGAAGUUCGCACUUCGACACCCACUACACCCUUGGCUCAUAUUUUAAGUAAAAGAGCCAGCCACUAAGUAAAACAACCGGCUAGCUUUAGUUUCCCCUUGUAGUUCUCCCUUCAACAUGAUAAAUUAUCUUCGAUCACCCUUUCGGUUUCGGCGGUCUUGGCCUACAAAAAAAAAAAGAUCUUGAUUGUUCCUCAACUGUGAAAGAAACUACUUGAAUUCAUCUACACUACCAACUCCUACUAGGAACAUACAUCAUCUACCUCCUACUAGGAAGAUCCAUCUACCUACCUUCUCUACCAACUACUCCUAUGCCUUACAGAGAAGAUAUCAACUCCAACGAUCAUCCACACUACCAACUCCUACUCCUCCUAGCGCAAGUGAUGCCUACUCCUCCUAGUGCAAAUGAUACCAACUAAGUACUACAACAACUCCUACUCCUCCUAACUACUCCUAUUCCUCCUAACUACUCCUAUUCCUCCUAACUACUCCUAUUCCUCCUAACUACUCCUAUUCCUCCUAAAAAAUAUAUCAACAAAAAGCUGCAGAUCCAUGCACAAUACCAGCUACUCCUAGACAACUCCUCCUCGAGAAAUCCUAGCCCUCCUAGAGAAAUCCAAACCCUAUUCCUCCUCGUUCGUAGAGAAGAUUAAUAUAUCACCAACAAGCUCCUCCUGCUCUAACUUAUGGCGGCAACUGAACUCGGCUGGGUCAGACCGGAACAGCCGAAGAACACUUGGGAUUGGAUUGUGCAGAGCGUCAAGAAACUGCCAGAAAUGAAGCUGCGCGAAAUCGCGGAGCUCGUAUGCUGUAGAGAAGAAACAUACUACAGAUAG